AUUCCUUAUUUCCUUAGGAUCACAAACGAUCUGAUUUAGUAGUGUUCAUCUUUUUCAAAAGUGUUUUCUUUAUUAAGAGAGAGAUGAAAACAAUUAUAAUAGCAAUAAUUUUAGGAUUUGCAGCAGCACAAGAUUCAAAUUAUGCUCGUAACAAUUACCACGAAGAUAGACAAAAUUCUCCAACUGAUGAAAGGAGAGGAUCAUUAACAACAACACCCAUUCCAAUUUUACAUUGGAAUAAACAACAAGAACAUGAUGGAACUUACAAAACAAGUUAUGAAACGGGAAACAAUAUUAUCGCCGAGGAGAGUGGUUACAUCAAGAAAGUAGGCGAAGGCGAGGAACAAGGAGAAGCAUUGGUUCAACAAGGAAGUUUCUCAUAUACGAGUCCAGAAGGGAAGCUGAUCACCAUCCAUUAUACUGCCGACGAGACUGGCUUUCACGCGACCGGAGAUCACAUUCCCACGCCACCGCCAGUCAGUGAAGAGAUUCAAAAAGGCCUCGACCUCAUCUUUGCGGGCAUUCGUCAGCAAGAGGAAGCAGAUGCACGUGAGGCAGCUCAAAAAUUACAACAACAACCCUUGAAUCAGCAAAUAGAUCGACGAGAUAAUUAUGAUAGAAAAUUUCGAAAAUGAAAUAAAUAAAAAAUAAAUAUUAUUAACAUA